AUGGCGGCUGAUAAAAUUACGCUGGUUGUUCAGCCAAGGGGAAAGCCCAUCCAGAAGCUUCCCAAGGAAAUUGAGAUCUCACUCAAUGCCUCCAGUGAAGAAUUGCACAGUGCGCUCUCCGCAGCAUCCGGUUGCUCAAUUCACCGGAUGAGAAUCACCAAGGGCAGCGACCAUAGCGUGGUCCCGAACUCGAUCAACACGACCAUUGAGGACACUGGCAUGCGAAACUCAAGCGUGAUCUACGUCAAGGAUCUCGCCCUUACGAUCUUCGCACUCUUCCCACUGAACCGACAGAAACUAACAGAUAGUUCCUCCACAGGACCCCAAAUCGCUUGGCGUACCGUCUUCAUCAUCGAAUAUCUCGGCCCACUCCUGAUCCCUGCGCUCUUCCUUUUCCCACUUCGACCUCUCCUAUACUUCACCUUCGACAAGCCCCUCCCCUCGCCCUCCGACCUUCAGCUCCUAGUCUGCUUGCUGCUGAGCGUGCACUUCCUGAAGCGUGAGUUCGAGACAAUCUUCGUGCACCGUUUCAGCAGCGCCACCAUGCCCGCACGCAACAUCGUCAAGAACAGCGCCCACUACUGGGUUCUGGCUGGGUUCAACAUCGCCUACUGGGUGUUCCGCCCGGACGCCGCUGCCGCCACCAGCACCCCCAACCUGGUUCUUGUGUACGCUGGACUGGCGCUGUUUGUCUUCGGUGAGCUGGCGAACCUGAAUGCGCACUUUAUCUUGCGUAAUCUUCGCCGGCCUGGUACCACUGAGCGAGGCAUUCCUUCUGGUUUCGGUUUCAGUGUCGUUACCUGCCCCAACUACUUCUUUGAGAUCCUGGCUUGGUUGGGGAUUUUCCUUGUCAGCCAGUUGAACUGGAGUGUGCUGUUCUUCAUUUUUGUUGGUGGGUUGCAGAUGUGGAGCUGGGGUUGGAAGAAGGAGAAGCGCUACCGCAAGGAAUUUGGUGAUAAGUACAAGAAGAAGCGCGCUGUCAUUCUCCCUGGCCUUGCCUAA